CGAAACGGUCACAAAGACAGCUAGCUGGUCAAGAUGCCUCUCAAUCUGGCCGCGGUCAAGGUUGGCCCUGUGCGAUAUAACUCGCCAUGGACCCAGGUCGCCAUCAUCGGUUUCGUGACAUUCUGCUCGGUGGGCAUGUUCUCCGCUGUCAGCGGUCUGGGCGCUGGUGGAACACAAGAUACAACCCUCUCUGAUACCGCAAAUGGAGUUCUCUACGGCUGUUUCGCUAUUGGUGGUUUAUUUGCAGGUUCAGUCAACAACGUGCUCGGCCCCAGGAUGACCCUUUCAAUCGGCACCAUGGGUUACUCUCUGUACAUUGGCGGCCUCUGGGCGUUCCAGGUCCACGGCACACGCUGGUUCCUCAUCCUCGCGGGCGCCAUCCUCGGCUUCACGGCAGCAUUGCUGUGGGCAGCCCAGGGAGCCAUCAUGAUGUCCUACCCCAUGGAGAAGGACAAGGGACGAUCCUUCACUCUCUUCUGGGCCAUCUUCCAGCUCGGCACCAUUGUCGGCGCGUCCAUCACGCUGGGCAUCGAGGCGCACUCUGAGCUCCCCGGCGUGUCCACCGGCGUCUACCUCGCCUUCAUGAUCAUCAUGCUCACCUCCAUCUUCACCUCGUGGCUCCUCCUGCCGCCCCACAGCGUCGUCCGCGGCGACGGCACCGUCGUCGAGCUCGAGGACGCCAUCUCCCCGCACCGCGAGAUCCAGGAGCUGUGGGCCCUGUGCAAGGACUGGCGCAUGAUUGCCCUGUUCCCCAUGUUCUUCUCCUCCAACUACUUUUACGCCUACCAGGGCGCCAUCGUCACUGUCCUCUUCAACGGCCGCACCCGAGCCCUCGUCUCCCUGCUCGAGGGUGUCGGCCAGGUCGUCGGCUCUCUCGUCAUCGGCCAGCUCACAGAUAACCUGCCCUUUGGCCGGAGGAAGCGCGCCCUGACCGCCGCCGUCUUUGUCAUCCUCUUCAACUGCUUCGUCUGGGCGGCAGGUUUGGGUUUCCAGGUCCAGUUCAAGCGCGGCGACACCGUGGUCCGCGGCGAGCCGAUCCCCUGGGACUGGACUGUGGGUGUUUCUGUCGGUCCCAUUAUCCUGCUGAUGGCGUACUACAUGGCGGAUGCGACCUAUCAGGGCUUGGCCUACUACACCAUGUCGUCUCUGACCAACGAGCCGUUCAAGCUUGCGCGUAUGGCGGGUUACUACAAGGGCGUGCAGAGUGCUGGUGCCGCCGUCUCGUUUGGCAUGGAUGCUGUCAAGACUGCAUACCUCGGAGAGCAUCUCGUGUCGUGGCUCAUGCUCCUUGUCUCCCUGCCGCUCUGCUUCUGGGUCCUUUGGGGCGUUCGCGAUACCAACUACGACGUCGAGCACAUUACCAAGGUCGAGGAUCUUUCGGAUGGCGCCAUCGAGGGUGUGGCCCUCCCACCUGGUCAUGUGGUUGGUGAGCACCUGCACGAGAAUAACACCAAGACCGCUCCUGAGGUCGUGACAGGCGUCUAGAGGUCUUGAGUGGUCGGUUGAGAAGGAUGAAAGCGUGCGUGUGUAAUUAGCCCUAAUGAUAGAGUUCUGUAUGGGAGACUCAAGGCGCCAGGUUGGUGGGAAGAGAAUAUUUUUUGAUACCUGUAGAGGAGGACGCUAGACUUGACAGUGCGAGGCGGCUGCUCUAGUUGAGACUUGCUUAGAAAUUGAUUGAACGAGACUCUCC